AAAAAUCUUAACAAGGGAGGGAGCAAACAGGGAGGUGGUUAUUGGUUAGGGAGCAAAGGAACAAAGUUGGACGCGCGCGGGUUUGCCGUCACCACCGCUCGCCCCUAUACCGGCUCGCCGGAUUCGCCCUCCUCCCGAUUCCAAUCCAAUCCAACUCCGGCAUCCGAAUCCCCUCCUCCUCCGUCGCUUUCGCCUUUGCCUUUGGAGCCCGAAGGCAACAACCCUCCUCCUCCUCUCGAUCCCGAAAUUCGCUUCGAUUCUGCGCCAAAUUCGUUGGGCAUUUUGGAAUUCCUCGGCCUCGAGAUCCAAUCCGGAUUUUGCUGCGUAGCGUUCGAGCCCGAGGCGCGCCUCGAGCAACCAGCCGCACGAAUCGAAUCGAUUCGGAGGAGGGGCCGUUGAACUCCGCAAGACGCGGAGUUGAUGCCACUCGGCGAUGGAUCGCCGCAGCUUCAGGAGUAGUUCUUGCAACGGCGGCGGUAAGAACCCGGUCCCUGCCCCCUCACCGGCGGCGGCGGGGUCCCGGACGUCCGCGGUUCCGGCGGCGGCAGGGUCCAGGACGUCCGCGUCACCGGCGGCGGGGUCGAAGGAGGACGCCGGAGCCGGCGAGCGCAAGGCGCUGCUGCCACGGCAUCUGCCAGGCGGCACGGCGCGCAAGGGCCAGAAGGGUCCCAAGCGGCGCGUGCAGUGGAAGGAUAGCCACGGGAAGAAGCUCGCCGAGGUCUUGGAAUUCCAGCCUAGUGAUUCAAGUGACUCGGACGAUGAAUAUUUGGAUACUUGCAUAUGCACAGUCAUGUAAAUACCGCAGAGCUGAAUCUCCGGUGCAUCUUGCGCAGGUGGAGUCUAUGAAUGUUUAGCAAGAGCUGUAUCUUUAAUGUUACACGUUGGCCUGACAGUCAUGUAUAGAAAAAAGUUCACUCCAGCAGGCUCAUGUUAUCUCUUAUAAUGCAAGCAAGGGCAUAUAUGCCAACCAUCCCUGCGACUGAGGGGCCGGCGAUGAGCACACAUAACCUGUUGGAGAAAUUGCCGCACAGCAGUUAGAAAGGGAAAAAGGACGCCAAGAAAGAAAGCCAGUAUUUGGUUUAUUUUUGGACCGCAAAGCAGACGGCACCCUUGCUUUUCUGACGAGUAACGUUAUAUAAGAAAAGCUAAAUGCUCUUAGAAUCAGACACCAAUAUUUCUUAUUGCACGGCCAGAAUUGUGAUGGUUUUUGUUCAGUAGCAUCUGCCUUUUGGCACGUUAACAGGCUGAUAUUCCUUUCUGAUACUGUCAUCACUUGUCGCAACACUAUUAUUCUUCACAGUAACUUGAUGUCCAAUGGAUGCUCUAAUUCCAAAGUGCAGUUUGUCA